UCCAAGGAUCGUUGCAUCAAGCUGAUAAAAACGUGCCUGUCUUGGUGAUUCCGCGGUUGCUUGCUUUACAGGAGAUGUAGUCUGGGUUUAUGAAAAGCCACCCCGUACCUCGGUAUGGAUGGUGUAUGAAGCGAAGCUGAUGCCGCAGUAUGACAACUGUCUGCGAAUGGGAGCGGACAUUCCUGUCUACGAUGUGGAGUUUCAGUGGACAGUGGCGGAAGAGGAGCAACCGGACGAUGACGAUGUACAAGUGGUGGAACAGCGAUUUGUCAACCGAUUCUUUGAGCAGCACAUCUACGACCCGAAACGACUGACCGCCGAAGAAAUGUUCUGUCACGUGGGCAUGAACAAUCAGAACGUUUUUUUAAGGUACAAUCUUACGGACGCCCAAAAAGAAGUUAUUCCGAAAGAAGGUCUUGUUUUCAUCGGCAACACACAAUAUGCAGAGCUGCUGGCAUAUCUCGGAAGAACAGGCAAAAUGAAUGACCACAGUAGCUGCGAUACCGAUUUGGAAAUGAGCGAUGAAGAAGCAGUCCAAGAAUCCGAUGCGGAUGAAGAAUAUCGCGGAAGAAAUAAAGGAAAUGCGAAUGUUUGGAAGAAACGCCGAACUAAGGCGCAUAGACGAAGACAGUCGAAGUCAUCUCCGAAAAAGCCAUCCCCGCUGAAGCGUAAGUCAUGUCCUGCUCAACGUGCAACAAUGAAGCAAGAGCCGCACCUCACUUGGCCGACAAAACCCUUAUGUUCCAAAUCCGCUGGAACGUUUCCACGCAAGAGUAUUUUAAAGCCGAGCGCCAGCGAUUUCAGUUUGUCCUCUUCGACAUCUUGUGAUACUGACGAUGUGGAUGUCGUGAAGGAGAGAAGGCAAGACGAACAAAUCGGCCGGCGCGAAAGCGAGAACGAUGAUGAUACUGGAAGCGUAGACACGAACGGAAAUGAGUAUCCUAAACCGGCAAAUCAGGCGGUUUUGGAACCGGAUGUUGCGUCAGAGGGAGGGGCCUCGCUGGGAGAGAGGGUGUCGUCGAAUAUGGAGCAUAUGGUCAUUCACGGGAUCAACGCUGGAGGGAAAUCCAAUUCGUCCGGGGAAAGCCGGCGUGGAGGCACCCGAGGUGGUCGGGGGGCGCGCCUGUUUUGA